CUCGUGCUCCACUGCCCUCCCGGCUCUUCCAGCAGAGCGAGCAGGCGCACGGCGCGCCAUCAAACUCUUUUCCCAGCUGUCCUUGCUGCCGGCACUCAAGUCUGAUAACCUUCACCCGCCUGCCUCCACGCCAGCCAGCUUUUGGUGGCGGAACGGCGCUUCGUUCGACCCUGCCUGCUGUGGCCUGUUGCGUGAUGGAUCGCGUCGCUUCCUGACAGGACUCCCCGUCCAACACCACCACACACCUCCCGCAGACAACCUCCCUUCAUGGAUCUGGCAGACACUUCGUAACCCGCGUCGUCCUCUUCGGCCCCAGCAGCCUGCCCCAGCCAUGGACGCUGCAGCCGGCGGCGAUGACGCCCGUGAGGCCUCGUUCCCAGACCGGGGGCCCUCCGUCUUUGCUGUCACCACGGCCACCUUUGUGCUCGCCACGGUCUUCGUCGUCGCCCGCACAAUCACCCGGACUGUCCUCGUCCGCCGUGUCAGCUGGGACGACUAUGCCAUGGUCGUCGCCUGGCUCAUCGCCCUCGGUCUCAGCGUCGCCAUCGACGUCGGCACCGUCAAGGGCCUCGGCCGCCAUGACAGCGACAUCGACCCGGAGCACUGGGACGCCCUCCGCCGCACAGAAUAUGUCUUCUCCAUCCUCUAUAACCCGGCUCUCAUGGCCACAAAGACGUCCAUCCUCAUAUUCUACCUCCGCCUUUCCAAAAACACCGAAAAGGUGUUGCGCCUCGCCUCUUGGCUUGUCCUGGGCAUCGUCAACGUGGCCGGCACGGUCCUCACUUUGCUCAACAUCUUCCAAUGCCGACCCAUCAGUGCCGCUUUUGACAUGUACGCGGGAGCCGCAUAUUGCAUUCCGAUCCUGACCGAGUUCAUCUGCGCCGCUCCGGUCAACAUCGUUACGGAUCUCGCUAUUCUCGCCUUGCCUCUACCCGUGCUUACCGGCAUGAGGCUACCUUUACGUCAGAAGGUGAUUCUCAUCCUGACCUUCACCCUCGGUGUCUUUGUGACCAUUGUCGACGUGGUCCGGAUCUAUUAUCUACAGCAAGCCGUCAUGAGCGUCACACCAGCCGUCUCGAGCAAUCCUGCUGCCACCUUUGGCGACCAGCCAGAGUUUGCGUGGAACGCGUCUUUGUCCUUCAUGUGGUCUGCCGUCGAGGUCAAUGUCGGCAUAAUCUGCGCGUGCAUACCGACACUCAAGCCGCUGAUCAUCCGCAUCCUGCCAGCCAUGCUUUUCGACCCAGAUGGCACCAGAAGAGCUUCGUCAAUGGUAGACAGCAAGCCUCGAACUACAUCUGACCGAAAUGGAAGUGGCGACAGCGGCCAGCUCCAUCCAGUGGCAGGUGCUGAUCUCGACAAGACUACUCCUCCAGAACCAGCACACCACUCGUCCGGUCCCGACGCACCCCUUUCUGCUAUGGAGUUCUUGACUACCCCAGAGAUGGACAUGACAGCCCGGAGGUCGUCCAGUGGUGCGACCAUGACUCGCCAACAGACCACCAUGACAAACUACACCAAUACUUCGAACAUGGAAAACGCAAUCUAUUUCGGCUUCGUCAAUAUUCGCAAACCCAAGAGCCUGAUUCGAACAUCUGCACGUGACUCCUGGAAGUACUGCACCUUGGUCACCGUCCUCUUCUUCAUCUGGGGUUUCUCCUAUGGGCUACUCAACACGCUGAACAACGCCAUCGCCGUCGUGGCUGAUAUGAGCACCCCGGAGACGCUUGGGCUGACCAGCAUCUAUUUUGGUGCUGGAUACUUCCUGGGACCGUUGCUCGUCGGAGAGUGGGUUUUGCGACAUGAUGAGCACCGCCGCGUCAAGAAGAAGAAGAAUGGCAGCCAGCAGGUAGGAGGCUUCAAGGCCACGUUCAUGCUAGGGCUCUGCAUCUAUGGCACUGGCACCAUCAUGUUCUGGCCUAGUGCUGUCCUCACUUCAUUCGCAGGUUUCAUGAUCUGCAACUUUGUUGUCGGAUUCGGCCUGGCAGUUCUCGAGACUGCAGCCAACCCGUUUCUGGCUCUGUGCGGCCCCAUGGACUACUCGGAGAUGCGUUUACUCUUCGCGCAAGCUGUACAAGCAAUUGGCACAGUCCUCAGCCAAGUCAUGGCACAGAGAGUCUUUUUCGAUACUGUCAGCACACGAGACAACACUGGGUCCUCGACGACACUCAUUGAUGUGCAGUGGACCUACCUUGCCAUCACUCUGUUCAGUGCGGGCCUCGCCCUCCUGUUCUAUUACAUGCCUUUGCCGGAGGUGACGGACGCUGAGAUGGAGCACUCGACUCGAUACCUGCCAAUUGACCACAAGAAGCCGAGCUUCUUCGGUCUGCAACUUCGCACACUGACGCUGAUACUUGCAGUCGUGGCUCAGUGGACGUAUGUCGCUGGACAAGAGAGCAUGAGCAUUUACUUUUCUUCAUUGUUAAACCCCACAGAAUCGACGACGACGACGACUACGACUACAGGUGGCACAUCCUCGAUGACGGCGAGUGUCGCACCCUCCCUGACUCUGUCGGCUUCGGAAUUCCUGCUUGUUGCUCAUUCGGCUUUCGCUCUAUCCCGGCUCCUCGCCGGCUUGCUGGCUUACUUAUCCCCACGGCACCCGCACGUUCCUCAGCCACGAACAAUCCUCAAUAUCACCAAUGCGUGCAGCAUCGCCUGCGCCAUUGCAAUCUGUGCCAUUAGGCCUGUCAACAAUCCGAAUAUCAUUGUAGUCCCCAUCGUUUUGUUCUUCUUUUUCGAGGGUCCUAUGUGGCCACUCAUCUUUGCCCUCGGCCUACGAGGUCAGGGCAGCCGCACAAAGCGUGCGGCUGCAUACAUCACUAUGGGCGCGUCCGGGCCCGCGUUCUGGCCAUUUGUGAUGUACGCCAUCAUCCAGCGUACGGGAUCGACAGCGCGCAGCAGCUACCAGACCGCAUUCAUCGUCGUGCCCGCUCUGCUCGUCAUCACCGGUCUGUUCUCGCUCUUCCUGGACCUCAAACGUGACGCUCGCCUCCUUGUCGACUCCCGUGUCGGCGCCGAGGAGCAGGCCCGCAUCCAGGAUCGUGCGAAUCGCGAGAUGGAUCUCGACGCGAUCAUGUCCACUCGUCGGCAGAGACGGCGGUCGUCGUCCGUGGCCGCUGCCGCCGCUGCCGCCGGAACCACGUUAUUUCGGAAGAGCACGAACAGAUCUGGAAAAGGUCGGGGCCGACAAGAGGGAGGCGGCGAGGCGAAACAGAGCAGUCUCGCAAAGCGCCUUUCGAUGGCCGCCGGACGGACCGCGACCGGCGGCGCGGUGUCAAGGUCAGGCAUCGGCAAUGGCGCCGUCAGGAGGACGAGCUCUUUGGAAAGAGUCAGCCCGACCGCGAUAACUCCCACGUCGGGGGUCACGGACUUCGCCAUACAAGACGACGACGGAGGCGGCGCCGACGUCGAAAAGCAGGUCCAAAGGCCGAUGCGGCCUGCUCACGGGGACGAGGAUUCACGUCAUGAUUCGAGCGAAGGCUCGGACGAGGGAGGGUCUACGGCGCCACCAUCGGCUGACUCACAAAGCGUCCCGCGACAUGACGCUUCGACAACUGUGCCGGUACAGAACACCGACAGGGUGCAUUUCUGACGACGGUCUUCCUCUUGCGCACCUAUGCUCCCUACAUUGUCUCAUGUUUCCUGUAUAUAAAAGCGAGAUGUAGGCAGUAUGUAUAUGUGUAUAUAUAUCACCAAGUAAAAAUCCAUCUAUUUCGCAAGCAGCAUCAGGACUGUGCAGCAUGCAGAGAAC